AGAGGUGGACAACUGAUGGAACAUUCCUCUAGGAAGAUUCAAACUGUUCUUACAAAGUAGUUUGCUCAGAUUAGACUGAGAUCCGUACAAAAAAAAAACCCUCAACCAACAGUGACUGGGAACACUUGAGAACUCCUGAAUGAUUGAUUGAGGCCUUGGAAGGAAAACAUUAAGACUUUACAUUUCACAGUUCUGUUAAGCAACUAUGGAAAUAGAAAAGGAGCACAUUUAUAUUACCCCAACAGAACUUGAGAAUCUAAGUGAUGCUCCAUUUUCCGGUGAUGAAGAAAAUGGUGGCUCUGGGGAACGGAAGACUGAAAUCAAUGGAAAUUGGAUUCCUGCAACUUCAAUUACUGAAGCCAAAAUAAAUGCUAAAGCAAAGAGACGGUUGAGGAAAAAUUCUUCUAGAGAUUCUGGGAGAGGAGACUCUGUCAGCGACAAUGGAGAUACACUGAAGAUUGGGGUUGUACCGACGAGCCCAAAGGGGAAACUCCUGGACAGGCGAUCCCGGUCUGGAAAGGGAAGAGGUCUACCAAAGAAAGGUGGAGCAGGUGGUAAAGGAGUUUGGGGAACACCAGGUCAAGUGUAUGAUGUGGAAGAAGUAGAUAUUAAGGAUCCUAAUUAUGAUGAUGACCAGGAGAACUGUGUCUAUGAAACAGUAGUUUUACCUCUGGAUGAAAGAGCAUUUGAAAAAACUUUAACACCAAUCAUACAGGAGUAUUUUGAACAUGGAGAUACUAAUGAAGUUUCGGAGAUGCUGAAGGAUUUAAACCUUGGUGAAAUGAAAUACAGUGUGCCAGUGCUGGCUGUUUCCUUGGCAUUAGAGGGGAAGGCUAGCCACAGGGAAAUGACAUCUAAGCUUAUCUCUGACCUUUGUGGGACAGUAGUAAGCAAAAAUGAUGUGGAAAAAUCCUUUGAUAGACUGCUUAAAGAACUACCUGAAUUGGUGUUGGAUUCUCCCAGGGCACCACAGCUGGUGGGCCAGUUUAUUGCUAGAGCUGUUGGAGAUGGGGUUCUAAGCAAUACCUACAUAGAUGGCUACAAAGGCACUGUGGAUUGUAUCCAAGCUCGAGCUGCACUGGACCGAGCUACUGUGUUGCUGAGUAUGACAAAGGGUGGAAAGCGUAUAGACAACGUGUGGGGGUCAGGAGGUGGCCAGCAGUCUGUGAAACACCUUGUUAAAGAGAUUGAUAUGUUGCUGAAAGAGUAUUUACUUUCUGGAGAUGUACUGGAAGUUGAACGUAGCCUUCAGGAACUGGAAGUACCCCAUUUUCACCAUGAACUUGUGUAUGAAGCUAUUGUGAUGGUUUUGGAGUCAACUGGAGAAAAGACCUUUAAAAUGAUACUGGAUCUGUUGAAAUCUCUGUGGAGGUCUUCUGUCAUUACUGUGGACCAAAUGAAAAGAGGCUAUGAACGAGUUUACCGUGAAAUCCCAGAUAUUAACCUGGACGUGCCACACUCCUAUUCUGUGCUUGAGCGGUUUGUAGAGGAAUGCUUUCAGGCUGGAAUUAUCUCCAAACCACUGAGAGACCUCUGUCCUUCAAGGGGCAGAAAGCGUUUUGUGAGCGAAGGAGAUGGAGGUCGUCUUAAGCUAGAAAGCUACUGAAUGUGAGAGCCAACUCCUGAAGCCUUAGAAGUUUAAAGGGAAAAUAGAGAUCUAUAUAUAUACAAACACGCAUGCUUUUUUGGUGUGUGUAUGUAUAUAUGUAUACACAUAUACCAAAAUUUUAAGAGUUGCUUAGCACAGUUCAUAUUUUUUUAAAAGCACAUGUUUUGGGUACAAAUCGUUUUUUUUAAAUAGUUUUAUAAAUUUCAGAAAGAAAACUUCUUUCUUUGGGCAUAUAGUAGAACAAGUGGCCACUCUGCUGUGGUGGUGCCUUCAAAUAAGCUAUCUUAAGUGCCAUAUGUUUAUGACCUAAUCAUUCCAUGUUUGCAUUGAUGUCUGACUGCCGCUCGCUCUUUCAAGGACAGUGUUGUCAUCAUAAAAUCACUGGUUUAUACAAAGCUUUAUAGAAGGGUCAAGUUAAGCUGCUAUGAUCCUAUUUUCAUUGCUGCUGAAGAAAUACUGUGCUUUGGGAGGAAAAACAGCUGUUUCUUUGUUUUAAAGAGCCCAAGAAAAUGGAGUUGGGUCAUAAGAUUAAUUCAUCUGUUUCGGGGAGAACACUGGUUGGUUUUAGCCCCAUGUACCAAACUUGUCUUUUUUUUUUUUUUUUUUCUAUGUAACUGGAAAAGUUCUGGUAAACCAUAUUAAAAAUAUUUUUU